AAUGUCAGCUUUUUAUACACGCGCAGAGGAAAAAAUUUAUUCACUUUUCAUUCUGCUUUCGUUAGCUUUGAGUGAUGGUAAUGGUUUUGGUUUAGUUAGUUAUAAAUUGUUGUUGAUAAAAAGUCUUAAUGGAGAGCUGUGAAGAAUUGAAUGUGGAAUCAUUAAGCGAUUGCGAUUAUGUGAAGCAAGGAUUUUGUAUGUGGAUAAACAAUGAACCAGUGAACGCCAUCGAUUUUCUUGAAAAGCGAAAGGAAGUGCUUUGUGUUGAGUAUGGUGCAGUUUUACUUCAUUUCUUUAAUGCACUUAUUUCAUUCGAUCGAAAUAAGAUAUCUGAAGUGACGUUAUUACUUCGAAAUAUAGAAAAGAAAUGCUCACAAGAGCAAGGUUGGCUUCAAUCGAUACGUACGAAGCUUUUUGGCGAGCAACGCGAUUAUUCAUCCAGAAAAUCAAUUCUUGACGAUUUAGAGAAGGAAAUCAUUCUUGCUGACACUUUAUUAUGCUCGUCUAUUCUGAUUGGCAUUUCGUGUGACAUGCCAAGUUACAUCAAAGCAGCUUUCAUUCUAAGAAGAGCUUGGAAAAUCUACAAUCAAAUUUUUAAGGAAAUUCACGAGUUGUGUAGUGAACUUUGCAAUGAUGAAUCUCCAAUGGAAAUGGGUUCAAUCGACUUCUCAAUAUUCCAUAACAACAAUGCUCAAGAGCUUUCAAGUCCAACCACAUCUGAAUGUUCUAAUUGGACAGUGCCUUCAUUAAUAAAUCAUAACGUGCCACAAUCAUCUUCCAAUAUCUCUAAAUCUCAUUCAACGUUCUUCUCAUCUGACAAGAAGACGCGAAUAAAAAAGCAUUUGACGACAAACAAGAUGACGAGUUUUAAAUUGACAAGCGAAUGUUCUGAUUGCGACAAUAUAGGUCUCGUUGAAUUUAAAAACGAACUUCUUCGCUUACGUGGUGCAAUAUACUUCGGUUAUGGAUUAUUGCAAAUUGCUUUUUCAUUUGUUCCGCCACAACUGAAGGUCAUAAAUUUCUUUGGCUAUCAAGGCGACCGUGAAAUGGGCUUGAACUGUUUAAAGGAAGCCAAAAAUUCUCGCGACACGAGAAGCUUGAUGGCGAUUAUUGGUCUGUUGUAUUACUACUUGAUUGUAGUUCCAUUUUUCUCUUUGGAGAAUUCAGAUUUGAGUGAAGAAAUUCACGAAGCUACACAAAUUCUUAAUGAAAAUGAAAGAUUUGAUCAAUCGGCGCUUUUCCUGUUUUUCUCGGGACGUCGUCAACGUCUGAAAAAGAAAAUGAAAUUUGCAAUCAUGCAUUACGAUGCAUCGUUGAGAGUUCCAAAUCUACCGAGAGAGUUGAAGAUGCUUGUCAUGCAUGAACUUGGCUUCUGUUUGUUGAUCGAAUUGAAGUUUCAUGAUGCGAUGCAUUAUUUCAAUGAGUUAAGAGUGUCAAAAUUCUCUAAGAGUUACUACAUGUACCUUACUUCAAUAUGUCGUGGAGCGAUCAAAGACCAUGAUGAAGAAUUAAAAAUCUGUAAAGAUAUUUUACUUAAAGUCAUUAAUUCGUCAUCACAAAAAGAAGGAAUAAUCGAAAAAUUUCUUUUAAAUCGAUGCAAUUUCGCUUUUCCUGAUGAUGAACGUGAUGAAGUUUACUGGAAGCUUCUUUGUUACGAAAUUAUGUAUUUAUGGAAUCUUUUGGGAAGUUGCAGUUCAUCUACAAUUGAAACAAUAAUUAAAGAUUGUCAGCAGUCAAUUGAAGAGAAUUCAGAGCCAUUUAUUGGACUCCCACAUUUCUUAAUUGGUGCAUGUUUGGCUGCAACAGGCGACUACGAAAACUCCAUCAAUUCUUACAAGAAAUGCAUCGAAAUAUGUAAUGAUAAUCCAUCCAAUGUCCAUCUUAAUUAUAUUCCAGCUUACGCUUCUUAUGAACUUGCCGUUGUUUUAAUGAAAUUUUCUGGUAAAAAUUCGACAUUCAGUUGUCAGUUGAAAGUUUCAGAGAACAUGUUCAAAUCUUUAGCAAUCUUCAUUACGUUCGUGGCUUUGUGUUAUGGUGCGACAAUAAGAGAACAAAACACUAGACAAGGUCGCAUCGUUGGAGGUUCGACAGCAUUUCCCGGUCAAUUUCGGCAUCAAGUUUCAAUUCGUGAUGUUCCAACACGAAACCAUCUUUGUGGUGGUUUCAUAAUUAAUUCAAGAUGGAUUGGAUCAUCAGCUGAUUGCACGAUUGAUCGUGAAAUUCAAACGACAAGAGUUGUUGUUGGUUCAACUUCUUUAUCAUCUGGCGGAACUGAUUAUGGCAUCAGUCAAAUCAUCAAUCACGAAGCUUACAUCCCGUCACUUCUCUUGAAUGAUGUUUCAGUGAUUCAAACUUCAGUUCCAAUCAUUUUCACUGAUCAAGUGGCAGCAAUUGCAUUGGCAGCACAAGUCAUUGGUGGUGGUGUGUUGUCACAAACAAGUGGAUGGGGAGCUGUUGGUUCGGUUGGUGAUGAUUUCGAAUUCACAGAUGACCUUAAAUACGUCACUCUCCAAACAAUAACAAAUGCUGAUUGUCGCGCAAGACUCAUUGCUAGUGAUCGACCAGGUGAUUUGAUAUUUGACAGCACGUUAUGUACGUUUACACAAUUUGGGCAAGGAACUUGUGCUGGUGACAAUGGUGGAGCUCUUGUGUGGAAUAAUCUUGUGAUUGGUGUGACCACAUGGAAUGUUGAAUGUGGACGCGGUUAUCCUGACAUGUAUGCGAGAAUGGCGAGCUUCCGUAAUUGGUUCCUUCAAAACACUCAAUAAAUUAAUUAAGAAAUAUCUAAAAAGAAAUUUGUCGAUUGAUUUUUAAUUUUUAUUUUAUUUGUUUUUCUUUUUUUAUC